UGAUUCUGUGAAUAUUAUAGCUGAAUCUUAUCCAACAUUUGAAUAUUAUGAUUUUAUACUUAAAACUGAUAUUGAUGUUUUUAUAACCACACAGUUUGCUAAAUAUGUACCUCUUACAAAUGUAACAUUAUUAGUUGGUCGUGGUGGUUAUUCAACAAAAUUCAAUACACGUCGUCUAGGACGUAUUGCUCGAGAUAUGAAUUGGGAAUAUCAAAAUAUGACUAAUAUUGGGUCAACAUGGUAA